AUGACUAGACCGCCAUUGUGGACACAUACUCAGACUAUUUUAAUUGUGUUAAUAAUCUACUCUGGCAAGUUUACUAAUUGUUGGCUGCUUUUAUUAGCAACAGUUUACUAAAUGCAUAACGGUUUAUCUAAAGCAAAUCAUUAGGAAAGUAAAAGUGAACAAAUUUCACGUCUAAAAUUUGAGAAAUGUAAACAUCCUGAAAUCUGUUUUAAAUUAUGACUUUAUAAUUGUCCAUUAGCGCAUGUUUGCGGAUCACCAACGUAUGAUCUGUGCAAAGGUCAACAUACAGAUUGCAACGCCGUGUCUUACAGAGCUGAAGAUCCGACCAAAGGUUCCGACUGCCGUACAGCCUGCGCUAAGAAACGAGGUUCGCACUUUGUAUUCGCAUUUACUGUGCAUUUACAUAGAUUUCGCCGGCAAAAGUAUGCUAAGGUUAUUUGCUGGACCCUGUUUAACAUAUCAUAUAUUGUAAUAAUCAAAUAGUUCAUUCUUCUUAUCAGGAGAACUGGAUGAUAAGAUAACAGCAUAUUAUUGCGAAGACGAAAAGAAACCGUGCGUUGCAUAUGAUGUUUAUGGAAGAAAGGGCUAUGAAGAUAACUUCAAAAGACACGUAAUGUGUGUCAAAUUGUGUCAUUUUGUUGGAGCAGGUAAAUUGCUUGACAAUUCUCCAAUAAUUAUUCUGAACUGUUCCUGUUAACACCCAUCAUAUUAUGCAAGCAUGCAGGACAUGUUUAUGAUUUUAGCUAUUAUAUUUUCUUAAUUCACUCGUUGCUUUGUAGCGCAACAUAGUUCCGUCAAGUCCCUUGAAAUGUGUCCGAAUACCAUGGAACCUUGCACUGAUAUACAGAUAAAAGACGGACGUUUUGACGCCUUCAACAAGUGCGCUUUCGUGUGUGAUGGCUGGACAGAGCGUGAGUCCUAGGCAUCAUAUUUUGUCAAAUUAACGUAAUGUUAUUGUACUUGCUGUUGCUAUUAUUUCCGUUAAAUUGUUAAUUUUUGUUGAAGUGAAAAACACGGUGGAGGCCACAGUAAUUUUCUGUACCGAAGCUGGCCUCUGUGAAGAAGGCAGAUACUUUAGCCCUCCGAAAGAAGGAAGCCCAUUUGAGGAUUUAAAGACCUGCUUCAAAAACUGCAUGUCAGGUAAGAUCUGAUAUUCAUUUCCUAAAACCGCAGAAUAAAAUAUGCCUAACCGCGAAAAAAGCGUCAAUUAUCGCUAUAAGUUCUACUGAGCUGUUCGCCUUAACAAAACACAAUGCCAGUUUACCACUCGUAAAUGUCGUUAUAUGCACUUUAUGUACUCGUUGAACUACGAACGCACGUAGCAAAAAUUGCUUCCGUGAAAACGCGUUAAAUUUGUAAAUUUAGCAGCGGUUUGAUGACAGAUCUCCCUUAACUGUCUGUAGACUGUGGAUCUUGUUAUAUACGGAUGGUGGUAAAGGAACUUUUACGGGUGCCAGACAUUAAGCUGACGAACUUGGAACAAAAGCACAAAUCCUUUGGCCGCCUGCCAAAAGUAGUAUUGUACACAUUCGUAUGCCGAUGAAAAUUAGCGAAUUAACUAAAAAAUAUACAAACAGCAAGUUUUCAAAAAAGGCAGAUCUUGAGUAACGAUUUGAGGUCAAGAGAAGCAAUUGAUGUUGGCAUUGUAAAGUUUGCAAUGGCAUGCAAACGGAUGUCGAGAUUAAACUCCCAUAUAAAACGAUCAAAAGUCUACCGGGAUCUCAGUGUUGCCCCUUAAUCUACCGUUGUCCGUAUUUUCAUCCUAUAGGGUGAACAGUUCGUAUGAGGUUUGUCAUGCACUGUUGGGUUGUGGGAAGUUAUGGACGCCUGUGUAAACCUACGGUUCACAGAUUGUCGCGACGUCCCAAAAUGAGCAACCUACAACUUUCAUAGUCAAAGUACACUUCAGGAAGUAGACAAUUUACAUUUUAUACGCAAAUCUGAUAUUCUGGUAACUGAAGUUGAUAUUUAAAUUUUAGAUUAGGCGUUUAUGCCAACUCUUGGUUAUGGGUGAAUACGCUCUCAUGUGCUUCAAUAUUGGUGUUUUUAGCUGGUUUCGGAUUUGGAAUUAAAUGUAUUCUGUGCGCGCUUUGAAAACAAGUCAGAACAAAAAAUUCCUCGGUAUUUUGUAGUUGCGAUGUGGGAUAUGAAUCGCACAAAACACAGGGUUAAGCACAGGGUCUAGCCUAAAAAUCUUAACUAAUCUUAAGCGAAAUUUAAUCAACUUUUGUUGAAACCGACGAUGCGACUGAUUGAAAUCUGAGCGGGACCGUCCACCAACGUGUUUAGCUAAUGAAUUUUACAUGUGCAAACCUAACGGUUUUAAACAAUGCGGACAAGUGUCCAAAAAUUAAAACGGUCCACUAGCUGUCAGCCAUAUACGAAGGAGCGACAGAAAUAUUUGGGAAUGUAAUUUGGACAGGAUACACAAUUUGAACAGCACAUCUUGCAAGUUGCGUUAGGUUGCCGCGGUCGGUAGCAAAUAUUUUGCUUUUCGUAAAACUCUCCCAAAUUGGCCUACUUACUUUGCUUAGACCAUACCCUAUAGUCUUAUAAAUACUAGGUCUCAGCGAGCACAAGUUCUACGCUCCAACUGAAACUAUGAAAAUAUUGGGCGCCCUAAUUUCCAGUUCGUCAUCAGCAGCAGGCAAAAACAAAAAUGAACUAGUGCCGUUGAAGAAUGGUCAAACAGUGGCAAUUUUAGGGUGAACAGUGUAUGCUGGUAUGCGGCCGAAAUGAAAUGCAAAUUACAUUUUCAACUGAACAAACAUCCCAUAGGAUACGGUGCCACCUUUACAUAGAAUCAUUGCGAACAACUGAGAGUAGCGCCAUGUCAUCUGAUCUGCUGUUUAAGUAGCAUUGCUGGACAGUAGGCGGUUUGAAAACCUGUGGCGCAUUAAAUACGAAAAACACAACAGUAAUGAAUAAAAUCCAGCAUACUUUUGCGUGCGUGAAUAUUGCCGUAAAUCAAAAAUAAAGUGCGUAAACUUGGCGAUACGUGCAAAGACUCCUAGACAACGUACGCGCUGUCUAAAAAGUGAUCUUGCCUGCGGUCACUAAUUUUGCAAUAUGAUCUACCACCGAAGAGAGUGUCCUCUAGUUCUGAAGCAGAGACAGCCAAAAACCAUAAUAUAACGUUCAAUCAGGAUGGCGUAGGUAGGGGCAGAACACAUUUACUGUUAUGACGUAAAGUAAUUUAGCCUAAUAAUAUCUGGUAUUAAUAUGGGUCACCACAAAAUAGAAUACUCUCUAGUUCUGAACCAGAGACAGCCAAAGGUUCUAAUGAAAAGUUAAAUCAGGAUGGCGUAAGUAGGAGCUGGACUGAUUUACUGUUAUGCCGAACUGCGUAAACGUCAGGGCAGCAAUUGAGCAGGAGAGCCAUUCAGCAAGUCCCUUUGGCCACAACAUUUUCUUCAAAUGGGGCACAGAAUGUCGGCGGUUCACAAAAUAGGGACUUGCGUUGAAACAAAACAAUCGCUUCCUCGCCGUAAAGAGUCAGGCCGACGUCAGGUGCAGUCUACCGUUGCCGAAAAAUUAUAUGAUUUGUUAUGCCAAAAUCUGUCAUACGUCUGCGUUAAUUGGACUAAACGAAUUAGGGGGAAGCAAGAAUUGCCACAGAAACCUCGCUGGACAUUAUGUACCAUAUUUUGCAUAAUAAAUACGGAGCAAAAUACCGUUAUCUACAUGUAUAUCAAUUCAGUUUAAUUUUAAUUUAAAAAUUCAAAUUUAUUUUAUAGAAAACACGCAAAACUAUAUACCCCUUUCUACUCGUUUGGUAGAAGACAAUAUUAGCUACGCCUUUUAACCCAUGAAAUAUUAUAUUUGGUUUUUGAAAAAAAUUUCCGAUAGCCGAAUAGUGUCGAUCCAGAUGAGCCUUUGAAUUAGGGAUGAGUGAUUCAAGUUACAAAAUUUGUUCAUUUUGUGUGGAACAAAUUAUAUAUUCCUUUAUGCAUUCAAAAAUAUACAAUAAAAAGUUCAUAAAACUUUACAGUUGAUGCAAAGUAUGUUAAAAAUCUCUAGAGGAGCAAGUGUAAACAGACAGGUACGAUGCAGUAUGAACAAAUAUCGCACGGUCUUAAAAAUUUCAGAAUAAGAAACUUUUUAAAACCUUAAUAUCUGCUUUCCGCGGGUAGAGAAUGCAAAUGCAACGGGUCUUCCUACCAUACGAGUAGAAGAGAGUAAAUUUUUGUGAAUGUUGUCUAUAACAUAUAAUUAUAUUUAUAAGACCAUCGAUAAUCUAGGCGACAGACGCAGACUAAUUAGGAAGGCGUUCUUGAGGACUUGUGGUUUCUGCAGGAGGUCAAAAGAAGUGCCUUCAAAAGCCGACAUCCAAGCGAUUCCAAAAUACUGUAGGAUUAUGCAGCCACACCUGUGCAAUCCUCCCUAAUGGAAAAUGCAUUUCAGAAAUUCGCUCAACGUUUAAUGAGAUCGAUUGCUGACUAUAUCGCUCAAUACAUGUUUAAUUGGUAAACGCAAACGCGUUUUCCAUCACGAAUAGAGGGCCCUUUCUCUUCCUAAAGCUUCUAUUACUGUUUUACUAUAGCGCAUGUACAAAAUAACUGUUUUUUUAAAGAUUACCCUUAUUCCCAGUAAACGGGUUUUAUUUCGUACAGCCUUCCUACUAUGGGGCCGUCAUUGAGCAGCCACCUCCAUUUGCAUGAUGUAACGCAUGGCUUCCACAUUCAUCUGCUUUCCUUGAAUUGAUUCCUAUUGAUUCCUCGCAGGCUUACCUACAGUUAUCGGCUGA